AUGUUCGCCCCAGGCCUCCGCGGCGCAAUGCGCUCCAGCCAUGGCAGCCUCCGCCUGGCGCAAAGCGCAACGGGGAUGCAGCCGGCGUUCAGCGACAUGUUUCUCGCAACGGCCACGCGGAAUCGCCACGCCACUGUCAUUGCGACCUUGAUGCGUCAAGCCCAGGUACGGUGGCAGUCCGACUCGACAAACUCGAAACGGCCCCACCAGCAGCCACCACCACCGAAACAGAAGCCAUUGACGAAAGAGGAGGUCUUCCACGUCCUAAAGAAAGGCUUGGACUUCAGACCCCUCAUGAGGGCAUUCACGGGCUCUGGCUUCCGCAAGCUGUACAGGCAGAGCCCCGAAGAGCUUGUGAUUGCGCUCGGACUACUGGCAUUCAUCAGCAUAGGCAUCGUGAUGCUGGUAUACCAGUACUUCACCUACUUCCAAUCCUCGCAGUUCACCGUCUUCCCCGACGACGUCGCGCAGUCCCUCCGCCGGGCCCUCUACUACACAAACUACUCCCCCGAGCCCGCGCUCGCCAUGAAGUGGUACAACAAGGCCAUCGAGCAGUGCAAGGCGCAUGGGAUCGACCCGUUCCACGACGAGAUCAUGGGCAUCCGGAUCCAGAUCGCGCAGUGGCUCGAAGGCCUCCACUCGUACAAAGGAGCGAUCCAGGUCCUCGAGGAGCUCUUCAAGGCUUGCAACGGCUGGAUGGACAAGUUUGAGCAGAUGGUCCGGGACGGCAAGGUGGGCAAGGACGGCAAGCUGACUGUCCCGCUGGAGGAGGCCGCUCUGAGCCCGAGGAUGCAAAAGGCCCUGGAGCAGGCCAAGGAGAAGGCCAAGGACCCGGAUAAGCCCGACACUCUUCUCGAAAAGCAGCUCGAGUACGAAACCUUGUGGAGAAAACGCAACAGGAUCCUGGCGAUGAUGGUCAAGAUCAACACCAAGCUUGGUGACCUCUACGCCGAUCCUCAUGUGCUCGAGAACGACCUUGCAGGGGAGCGCCUGGUAUGGGCGGUCGAGACCACCCUCAAGGAGCUUCACAGAAGACAGACAGAAGGAGUAAAGGAAGGCGAAGGACCAUGGUUCACCGAGGAGGAACUAGGGGCUGAGCUGGAGAGGCUCGGCCAGCACUACGAGUCAAAGUCAUAUCACUACCUCGCGGCGCCUGCCUUCCUGCAGGCCAUCACGCUCUCGCCCAAGGAUAGCUGCCAUACUGCAGUCAUAAUGAACAAUCUGGCCAUCUCCCUGGCGCAGCAACCCAUCAGACCCCCAAUCAACGCCCAGGCUGCAGGAUCAUCACCACAUGCACAGCCACCCACGCGGCAGUCUCUGCUUGCGAGUGCCCGCCAAUGGGCGCUCCAGGCUAAGGCCACAUCUGAGAAGGUCCAGGGCGAGGCCCGCACCGAGGAAUGCGACGCGGCCUGCGCCGUCGCCUUGUGCAAUCUAGGCACAAUUGCGAGCAUGGGUGGCGACGUUAUGGAGGCGAGGCGCUGGUUUCAGGAGAGCCUUGCCAUGAGCAAGAAACUGAACUUCCCCGAGGGUGUGGACCAGGCUCAGGCGGGUCUGGACUUGCUGGAUAGGCCUUCGGCCCAGACGACCACGACGAAUCGGUAG